AAGAUCUGUUGCAGACCGAAAUAGACAAUAUUAACUUUAUCUUUAUGUUUAAAACAUUUAUCGGUCGAAUAAUUAACUUACUGUUAUUGUAUGCUAACAAUUUUACUAAGGCCGUAUUCCAAUAUUCACUGCACAGUACACGAAAUGUCUUGCCAUAUAAAGUUAGCUGCGUUUCGAUUUCUGUAUAAAAUGCGUUACAUGUACUAUACAAAUUUUAGAACGCAGUUAACUUUAUAUAGCCAGAUAUUUUGUCCGCCUGUACAUUAAAAUACAUUUUUUUAAUUUUUCAGUAUAACAUAUUAAAAAAUUUGUGCAUAUCAGAACGUAACUUUCCUUAUUUUUCUUGUUGUUAAGAAGUUAAAAUGUUCGGCUCAAAAGUUUUUUUGUGCAUUUCAACGCUCAAUUCUCCCACAUAUACAAAUGCCUUUAUUCUAAUAAAAAUAAGUUCGCUUUUUUCAAAACUGAUUUCAUCAUUAUACAACAGGUAUGUAUUUAUCGGUAUUGAAGAAGUAAGAAUGACUGCUACAGAAAAAAGCCCUGUGAUGUUGUACCGACAAUUUCAAUUUACUUGGUGCAUCUAUAUAAGCUUAGUUCUAUUACUCUGUGUUUCUGUACAUACCCAAGAAUUUAAUGGCACUAGUAGUCAAAUAUCACCAGUUUAUGUCAUUGCUUCAAAAGCCGAUUUUUUGAACUCAACAACUUGUGGAAAAGAAUUACAGAGCUUUCGAGACGCUGUUAAUCAUCGAAUACUGUGGAGCUUAAAAAUCUUAGAUUCCAGUGGUGGACUUAAACCAGGUUUUCUUUACGGGAAUAAUUAUUGGUUAGGCAGUCGUAGUCAGUGUCUCGAUACGAUGAAUAGAAGUCCAUUAAUCUCAUCACAGAAAAUAUUAAAUAAUACGCAGUAUCGCGAUCCGCAACAAGAAUUUCCGCCUUUCGAAAUAAAUUACUUUGUUGCUCACUUUAAAUACAAUAGUACUUUUCAAUAUCAUGUAAAUUUAUUUCACAAGGAUGUGAUAACGCUAGGACUCUGUCUGCCAGCAUCGUGUUCUAUAAAUCAUCUAAGUUUUAUUUUGAAAAGAAUAUUACAUGAUAAAAAUAUUUUAACAAGCAAUCUUUACUUUGCGGACCUUUAUCUGAUCCAAGUUAAAAAUCUAAAAAACAAUAACAAGGGGCUAUCCGGGGGUGCAUUACUUUUUAUCUGUGUAUCUUUAGGACUUUGUUUUAUGACAACAAUCGGAACAAUAUAUGAUAUAUUCGUGCAUAAAAAAAAUAUUCAAAAAAAUAAGAAAAUUGACAGUAUCAAAGACGCGUCUAAAGAAAGGGAAACAAAAUUAAAUUCGUCUUCGCAUUGGAAAAGAGUAAUUGAAAAAAUAAUAAUAUGUUUCUCCGCUUACACAAAUACGAGAAAAAUAUUUAGUACAAAAUUAGAUGCUGAAACAAUACCGGUCAUUCAUGGCUUAAAAUUUCUAAAUAUGUGUAUGAUAAUUAUAGGUCACAGCAUAUAUUUUACAUUGGAUUCUGUCGAUAAUAAGAUAAUAUUGUGGAGAUUUAUUGAGAAUCUGUCUUAUUUAUUUGACGUAUUUAUUGGAUUUAUAUCAGUCGAUAUUUACUUUUUUUCAAGUGGAUUUUUAGUGACUUAUUUGUAUUUGAGAGAUAAAAUACUGACUGAACAGAUUCGAUGCAAAGAGAAAUUAACUGAAUUCUUUAUACAUAUAAUAAAAAGAUUUAUUCGGUUGACACCGGCAUAUAUGAUGGUGUUAGGAAUAUUACAAUUAAGCUCCGCUUGGUUUGACAAAGUAUCGCAAAUUUAUAUGUACGAGAGAUCGCAUGAAAUUUGUGCGAAGUAUUGGUGGAGAAAUCUAUUGUACAUAAAUAAUUUCUUUGGUAUCGACGCAAUGUGCAUGAGUUGGAGCUGGUAUCUAGCUGAUGAAAUGCAAUUUUAUAUUAUCACUGUGGCAAUAUUAAUUUUAUCGACUAUGUACUUUUACGCUGCUGUUAUGAUAUUGGGUGCACUUUUAAUAAGCUCCAGUAUUCUAAGCGGUUAUAUUUCAUACAUAUAUACAUAUGUACCAACAUAUGAUGAACUAUAUAGACUCCGAGAUAUUUUAUACAUCCCACCAUGGACGAGAAUAAAUUCAUACAUUAUUGGAAUAAUUGCAGGUUAUAUUUUAUUAAAAUUAAAUAAUAAUUUGCUUUUGAAAAGAAAAACUGCAAUCCUGUGUUGGUGCAUCUUUUGUCUUGCUAGCGCUUGUAACAUCUUCGUGUUAUUUAACAAGCGAUUCGAAUCCAUUUUAGCUACUGCUAUUUAUAUUGCUUUUCAUAAAAUACUUUGGGCUAUAGGUAUAGCAUGGAUUGUAAUAGCAUGUUCUACUAAACAUGGAGGUAUUAUUAAUAAGUUCCUAUCGCUUAAAAUCUGGAUCCCUUUUAGCAGACUUACAUAUUGCGCUUAUCUUUUAAAUCCCGUCGUCAUACGGUCGAUUAAUUAUUACAGUGAAACACCAAUUCAUUUUGAAUUUCUGUCUUUUAUUAUCCGGAGUGUGGGAAACAUUACGAUCAGUUACCUUUGUGCCUACAUACUAUCUUUGGUGGUAGAAAUGCCUAGUAUUUUGUUAACGCGAACAUUUAUGUAAUAUCAUAAUAGGUUACAUAGAAUAGUAAUAGAACACAUACAUUUAUAAAACACGUUUAAAUAAACAUAAAUAAAUGUUUGGAAUAUA